AUGCCUGCUGCUCAGGGUGGGCCCGUGAUUGCUGCUUCCGGCCCUGUCGUCAGCAAUGCAAGCCUGCCGUCAUCGAGCUCUAUGCACCCCGGCCUAACUUCUCAGCACGGUGCGCCGACUUUGCUGAGGAUCAAGCGCAAGCGGACCGACUUGCCGCUGGAUGCCUUAGUCAUCGAGCGAGCUUUCGCUGCCGUCGACAAUGCGCGAGCAGUCAAGCGAGCAAGGUCCACACUCGAUGCUCCGUCGUCCGACACUCGCCUGAGCACGCCCGGAGAGUCGCACGACACCGGUAGGACGGAUACCGCGCUGACGGCCCCAUCGAACAAAGACUUGGAGGAGACAGCAGCCACACCGCCGCACAAGUCGGCAGGCAUCUUUCGCUAUGCCUCAACUCUGGCCUCACUCUCAUCUUUUGAUGCCAGCCUGCGCACCGGCAGUCUCCAGCAGACGAUCCAGACGCUCAUGCAUCCCGCAACUCCUCAGCAGACGAGCCACGAAGCUGUCGCCCUCGCAGACAGUAUACGGUCACCCAUAUCCCGCUCGGCUUCCUCGAGCUUCCCCAAGCUACCAACAACCAGCCGAGUAUCGCAAGAAGAUCGCAUAGGGUCUCGCAUCGCCGCGCAGAAGGUUGGUGCCCGCCAAGCUCGCUUCAGGAUCGUCAGCAAGCUUCGGACACCUGUUCAACCACUCGAUACAGACGAUUUCUCGCAGCUCGACAUGCCGCCAAAGAUCGUGCCCUCAUCUCAGAUCACGCAGAGGCAUCUGCCCCAUCGUCAAGAUUGGCAAGCUUUGCGCAUCAUUGAUGCCGAGGCUUGCGAUGCGCCUGCUCACAGGCCACGGCAAAAGUCACGCCUCAGGCAGCUUGCAGCAGCUCGUGCCUCUCAGCGAUCUCAAUGGCAAGCGACUAGCACGGGUAGCAGAUCUUUCUGGGAUUCGGGACAGCCCUCUGCACUUCUGGAUGGCGAAGAUGAUCUAGGCAAUUUUGUGCCGAUGCUUCAGGAAUAUCUCAGGAUGAACGACAUUGAUCCCGAUGAUUCAGACGAGUCUGCGAAAGUCUUCCCAUCGCCAGGCCUCGCAUUGCCCGAUAGACCGAUCCACCACAAUCCGUUGCCCCUGUUGUCCGCAGAGAAUGACGAUGAUGAGGAUGAAGAGGAGGGCGCCUGGGUCUAUGACGUCUAUUACCGCGACUAUUCGAACGAAUCUAUCGAAGCACGCGCAGGUGGCAGUCAAGGCAAAAGCGCUGCUGGAGGUCACACCAGGAUCGGCGCACUAGCUGGUGUCGAUGACGACAACGACAGUCUCGUCAACGCAAACGACGAGAGCUCCGAGGAGCAGGAUGAAAUGGACGAGGAUUCCAAUGACGAAGAUUUCUAUCGUAACGACUACCCGGAAGGCGACGCCUCAGAGUCCGAUUCGGACGAUUUCAUUGGUGGUAGUGGUCGGUACUCGGGCAAUCAGUCGGAUGAUGAUCAUGAUGACGAUUUUUGA